AUGAGCAAACUGUUGUCCAAGACGCUUGAUCCACAAUCUGUACAACCUACCAAACAGUGCAACAUCAAACCAUUUCUCAGACCAUCCAGUACCAACAAUGAUAAUAAUGGAGUGCUGAUGCCACAGUUAAUUCAACAGCAUCUUCAUGACACAGUUGGAAAAUAUAAUAAAAGUACGCUUGCUCGAACAUCUGAUAGAAAUGCCAUUGGAGCUCUUUCUUCUAACCUUCAAUUACCUGGCUCCAAGAAUCAGACUAACACUGAUAAUCGAUUCUGUGUAUCCUACCCUGGAUCAAAGCUCAAAAGUAGUCUCUUCUGCUUUUCUACUUAUGAAGAAGGUAAUUCUUCAGCCACCAACCAUAAGCAUAUAUGCUCAGAUAGUGCUCCACCGCAUGACAAAGCUGAAUCUUUCAUGUGUAUGAACUGCUUCAAAUUUCUUCCCCAAAACAUAGAAGAUGCUCCAGAAUUGUUAGCAUUUGCAACAGAAUAUCAAAUGAGCCAACAAUGCUUAAAAUCUAUUGCUAAAACACAUAAAGGCAACAAACGUUCAAGGUCAAGAAAAACUCAGAAAUCUCACACCAGAGGUGAAAAAGUUCCAGAUGGAAUUGAAGCACUGAAAUGCAUCAGCAGUGAACCAGACAUACUGGCUCCCAAACCAGAUUGCAGCUAUUGCGAAGCAAAAAAACUUUAUUCUGAAACACCAAAUUUCUGCUGUUCUGCUGGUCAGAUAGUUCUCCAAGAGAACAAACUUCAAGAUAUUCUCAUAGAACUAUAUACUGGUCAUUCUGCUGAAGCUCUUUCUUUCAGAACAUAUGUCAGAACAUAUAAUAAUAUGUUUGCCUUCACCUCUUUCGGAGUACAUUAUGACAGAUCCCUAUGCAGGAGAACUAAUGGUAUCUACACAUUCAAAGUCCAGGGACAAACCUAUCACUUCAUCAAGGAUCUUAUUCCACAUGAGUGCAGGACUGUUUAUUUGCAGCUAUAUUUUCAUGAUACAGAGCAUGAGUUAGAAAACAGACUGGCUACAUCAGAGAACCUAACAGAAAGUGCAGUGAAAAAAAUUAUGCAUGUCAUGGAAUUGAAUCCAUAUGCCUCUUUUCUCCGAAGCUUAAAAAAUGUUCCGAAUCUCGACUCAUAUCAAAUCGUCUUAAAGUCUCAUUCAGAAAAUGACCAGAGAGUUUGGAAUCAACCAACUGCAUCUCAAAUUGCAGCCUUGUGGGUAGAGGGCCAAGAAUCUGGAGAAGGAUACAAAAGGCAUAUCCAAAUCUAUACUAAAGAAGGCAAGGAUCAUCUGGUGCACUACUAUUAUGGAUGCUAUGAUCCAUUGCAGUAUCCGCUGCUGUUUCCAUUUGGAGAGACAGGAUGGCAUCCUGGUAUAAAAAGAACACCACCACAUAAUCCAAACAAAAGGAAAAGAUACAAUAGAACAGCCAACUGCACUCCUGCUUCUACUGAUUGCAAAUCUGCAGAAGAACUAAUAGCAGCUGAACACCAAGCUUCUCACAAUCCUGAAAACAAUAAAGAGUUUGUAUCUAUGCGUGAGUAUUACGCAUACAAGUUGCAGAUGCGGGAAAAAUACACUCCAGGCAUACUCAAUACCGGCCGACUACUUCAACAAUAUGUCAUCGAUAUGUACAUCAAGAUAGAAUCUCAGAGACUUGAUUAUUACAGAAGCCGACAACAGUUAAUAAGAAGAGAGGAACUUCAAGGCAUAAUGGACAGUGUCAUGUCAGGACAUUGCCAAGGAUCCAAAAUAGGUCAGCGAGUUAUUCUUCCAGCAUCAUUCAUAGGUGGUCCUCGCGACAUGAGAAGAAGAUAUGUUGAUGCUAUGGCUCUCGUGCAAAAAUUCGGCAAACCAGAUUUAUUUAUCACUAUGACAUGCAAUCCUUCAUGGCCUGAGAUGAAAAAACACAUGCUACCUACUGAUGAAGGUCAUAACAGACCAGACUUACUCGCUCGAGUUUUCCAUGCUAAGCUUGAUCUUUUGAAGGACCAACUCUUCAAGAAACAAAUAUUUGGAGCAGUAGCAGCUUAUACCUAUGUUGUUGAGUUUCAGAAACGUGGUCUACCGCAUACUCAUUUCCUCAUAAUUUUAGAGCCAGGUUCAAAACUUUAUUCCACAGAAUCCUAUGAUAAAAUCGUCAGUGCAGAAAUUCCAGAUAUAACAGCAAAUCAACAUUUAUUCAGAAUGGUUCGAAAGCACAUGAUCCACGGUCCUUGCGGAGCACAAAAUCCAGAUAAUGUUUGUAUGCAAGGAAAUCAGAAGAAAAGAUGCAGAAAUAAUUACCCAAAAUCAUUUGCUCAGACAACCUUUCAUGGAAAGAAUGCGUAUCCUACUUAUCGAAGGAGAAAUGAUGGACAGAAAAUAAUUGUUCGUGGCCAUCAGCUUGAUAACAGAUGGAUAGUUCCACACAACAGAUACUUAUUGGCAAAAUUUGAUUGCCACAUAAAUGUUGAAAUCUACAAUAAUAGCUCCCAACCUCUUCCAAUCGAUGAAAUAAAGGACUUCCAAUCAGCUCGAUGGGUGUGUGCAGUUGAAGCAAUUUGGAGAGUGUACAGAUUUAACCUCAGUGAGAUCCACCCUUCUGUAAUUCAUCUCCAGCUCCAUCUACAAAACUGUCAGUCCAUGAGUUUCACACCUGAUCAAGACCUACGAGAUGUAAUCAGCAACAAGUAUACAAAAAGAACUAUGUUAACUGAAUUCUUUUACAUGAAUUCUGUGGAUGAGUUAGCUCAGGAUCUUAAGUGCACAUACAAAGAAUUCCCAGAGCACUUCGUUUGGUACCCCGGAAGAAAAAAAUGGGAACCUAGAAAGCAAAAGGACUGUAUUGGCAGAAUUGUCACAGCAGGUAUAAAAGAAGGAGAACGUUAUUUUCUUCGACUACUUCUAACACAUGUGAAAGGCCCCAAAUCAUUUGAAGACCUCAAGACAGUGAAUGGAACAUACGUAAACACAUUCCGUGAAGCAGCAAUUCUCAGAGGAUACUUUGAAUCAGAUACAUCGCAAGAAGAAUGCCUCGAAGAAGCCAGUUCAUAUCAAAUGCCAUACAUAUUGAGAAGGCUGUUUGCAACUUUGCUGGUACACUUUUCUCCAUUAAAUGCUAGAAAGCUAUGGGAGAAAUUUGAACAUUGUCUAUCAGAAGAUUUCAUGAAAAUACCAGAUAUAUCAACUGAUGAAACACGAUACAAGGUUCUAGAACAGAUAAACAAUUUUCUUGAAUCUAUGGGAAGAGAUAUUAACUCAUAUGCCCUGGUUCCAUAUCUUUUAAAUUUUAAUGAUCUCAACAAGAGCACGAGGGACACAAUAGCAGAGACAAGAAUCACUGUGCUAGAGUCUGAUCUGCAAAAAAUUGAUCUAUUAAACAAUGAUCAGAAAACUGCCUUUGAUAUAAUCACUCAUGCAGUCUUCCAAAAGAAACAUGGAUGCUUUUUUGUUGAUGGUCCAGGUGGAACCGGAAAAACUUUCCUUUAUCGAGCAUUAUUAGCUGAGGCAAGAUCCAAAGGAUUCAUUGCGCUGGCUACAGCAUCAUGCGGAGUAGCAGCUUCAAUAUUGCCCGGUGGGAGAACAGCUCACUCAAGAUUUAACAUACCAUUAGAUACAACAAAAAAUAAGAAUUGCAGAAUCAGCAAGCAAAGUUCGUCGGCAGAACUUCUGCAAAAAGCCAGUCUUAUAAUUUGGGAUGAAGCUCCGAUGAUAAAUAAAGGUUCAAUAGAAGCUGUUGAUAGAUUACUCCAGGAUCUAAUGGACUCAAACGCCUUAUUUGGAUCUAAAGUGAUCGUUUUCGGAGGAGAUUUUCGACAGGUAUUACCAGUUGUUCCUAAAGGAACAAAAUCAGAAUUCAUUGAUGCCAGCAUAGUCAACUCAUAUAUAUGGCCACACCUUCAUAAGCUUCAACUUACAGAAAACAUGAGAGCAAGGGAUGAUCCAGAAUUCAUUGAAUAUUUGCUUCGUGUUGGAAAUGGAACAGAGCCUACUGUCAACAACGACUGCAUACAAAUACCUCCAUCAAUGCUGAUAAGAUAUACAAAUGAUGAAGAUUCAAUCAAACAGUUGACUACCACGGUAUUCCCAGAUUUGUCAAUAUUCUCUCAUCAUGAUUUCUCAGCUGUAAAUCGUGCUAUACUCACAACAAAAAAUGAGUUUGUUGAUCAGAUUAAUCAGCAGCUCAUACACGAUAUGCCUGGUUGCAUUCAAGAAUACAUUAGCCGAGACAAAUGUAUUGAAGAUUCUGACCAAACAAUCAUGGAGGACUUCAUAAAUGCCCUAACACCAAAUGGAUUUCCACCUCACAAAUUGAUUCUCAAGCCAAACACUCCAAUUAUGCUCCUCAGAAAUAUUGAUCCGCCCCAAGGACUAUGCAAUGGAACAAGGCUCAUCUGCAAAUCCUUAAAGUCCAAUGUCAUAUAUGCUACAAUAAGUUGUGGAGAAUUCACUGGCAAGGAAGUCUUCCUUCACAGAAUCUGCUUCAGAAUAGAAAAUGAUCCAGAGUCGCCAGUAUCUUUUGAAAGAAUACAAUUUCCUAUUCGACCAUGCUUCGCUAUGACUAUCAAUAAAGCUCAAGGGCAGACUCUAGAUUUUGUGGGAAUAUAUUUACGUGAACCAGUUUUUUCACACGGCCAGUUAUAUGUAGCAAUGUCAAGAGCUAAGAACAAGAGUUCAAUAAAAAUUCUGAUCAAACCAGCUAUAUUUAGCACUGGAGAAGACUCAAUAACACAUAAUGUAGUAUAUAGAGAAAAACUACCCAUUACUUGCUCUUCUGAAUUGCAGGAUGACAGAAAAGUGAUAGGUUUUGCUGAAAUCGUUCCCGGACUUCAAUACUGGACAACGAUAGCCCAAGUCCUUGACAAGCAGAAACCUCUACUAUCAAAAGCAGGAAAUCGUUAUCAGAAGCUUACUCUGAUUGAUAACCAGGGAAUUACAGUGGAAGCUAUGAUAUACAAGUCAGAUAUAGAAUUCUUCCGCAACCACUUCAACUUGUACAAACGUUACAUGAUAUCCAAUGCAAGAGUUGAAUACACUCCGCUGGAAUACCGUGCACAUGAAAAUCAAUGCACCUGGUAUAUUGACAACUCUACCAUUGUCCAAGCAAUCGAUGAAGCAAGCCCUCCAGAAAUUCCCUCUGUUUUCACAUUCACACCUUUCAGAAGAUUCUAUCAACAUAUUGAUGACACUUCAGACAUAGAUACCCUUGGCAUUGUUGCACAAGUUCAUCCACGAAAUCACAGAGGCCCUACCCCAACCAGAGAAAUUGUCAUCAUAGAUAACAGCUUCAUGCCAGUCAUCCUAACUUUGUGGGGUGAGCAUGAAACAGAUGAAGGGCAGACUAUUGCAAAUAUCAUUCAAUCAAUGCCACUCAUUGUCGCACUUCGAGUGAAGGUCUCAUCCUAUCACACUCUGAAUCUAUCAACAAAGUUUGGCUCAAGUAUUUUGGUGAACCCUCCUAUACAACAAGGUGCCUCACUGAAACAAUGGGCUGUGGAAAACAAGUCACAAAUUACUGAGCUCAUUGCACAAAAGGCAUACUGUGAUCGAGCAAAACUCCUACCACAACCCUCAGAAGAUGAGCUCUGCACAAUCACAGACUUCCUAAAAUUCCCAACGGUAAGAUUCUACAACUCUAACGUUCAUACUUCUCUACUGCUUAUAUCUGCCACAGAAUCAAGCAGCUGAUAAUGUAUUUUGUUCUCAGAAAAAAGCUUACUGGAUUCAAGGAACUCCACGAUUUCUCGACAGAAGCCAGCACUUAUGGUAUAAUGCAUGCUCAAACUGUCACAAAUCAUUCAGAGCAAAACCACUCUGGAAAAUUGUCUGCACUUCCUGCAAUAAGCAAGUGAAUGUCGUUCCAAGAUGCAGAUUAACCAUAGAGCUGGCUGACUACUCUGGAAUGCUCACACUUGAUCUAUAUGACAAUGAUGCAGAGCAACUAUUGCCCUUCACUCUACUUGAAAUUCAAGAACUUGAAGACAAGCACCAGCUCAACUACAUUGCUAUUGAACAAGCUAUUGAAAACACCAUUCUCACUUGCUUUGUGAAAAAAAUGAUGGGAAACCGUGGAUCCGGGGACACAGAAAAAUACACAGCCAUAAUAGUGCACAAAGCAAAUGCUGCAGAAAUCAUAUCAAAGAUUCCUACAACCCCAGCAUCGAUUGCUACUUCCUCCACAUGCGCUUCCUCGACUCCAGGACCAUCAACUGCAGAAGCUGUCCCAAAACACUCAACUUUUGACAGUGAAUUAUUCACAGCUCUCAAAAUUACAGAAAGUCCAACUAAGAGACAACGCACUGACGUGACUGAUAUGGAGCAGUAGAAUGUAAUAUCCUUACUUAAACUUUUGAUACACCUUUUGAACAUCUGAU